AUGGAAUUUAAUUUCAAGUCCAAACUUUACGAUAGUGAUAAGAUAACGAUAAAUAACCUGAAAUCGUCAUGUAGUCUACUAACUAAAGAUCUUGAUUCAUCCAAUUCCACUGCUCCAUCGGAAAAUGUUACUAUUUCAAACGAACCAUUUUCCUUACAAAGUUACUUAUCACAGAUUAAAUUAAAUCGUUCUACAAAAGAAUAUGAUCCAGAGUCAUCGGAACUUGAAAGCAAUUCAAGAAGUAGAACAGUGGACUAUACAAAGGACGAAAUAAUUGACAAAAAUGAACGUAUCAAAAAAUUAGAAAAAAGUUUAAGUAAUAUUCAGUCCAAUGUGGAAUUAAAACGAAGUAAUAUACUCGAAAACAUAUACCAAAAGAUAAAUCUACUGGAAAACAAAAUAGCUGAGGGAGAGACGGACACAAAUGCGAGAUUAACAUGGAUCAGUAAAAAGGUUUCACAGACAAUACUUCACAAAAUAAUUCAUGUCACAGAUUGA